AUGGCUGAGCGCUCUGCGGAGCCUGGGCAGCAGAGUGACCAGGGACCCAUCUUAGAGAACAAAAGUCCUCCUCUCCUUCUGACAGCAGGACCUUCACCAGCUCUGACACAACGAGCCCGUCCGCAUGAAGCAGUUGUGACAGAACGUCCCAACGUUCACACACGCCCCCAGUACCACGCUCCUGCAGACGGAAAGCUGCUGCAGGGCCAGGCGAGCGCCUGUGGACAGCCUGUGGAAAUACCCGUCUCCCACCGCUCUCGUUUUCUAGAGGGGGAGUGCAAGAGGACACCUGAGGGUGUGCUCAAGAGGAACGGUCAUGGAGUCCACACUGGCGCCAACAGAAUGACAUACGUUGGCAGCUGGAAGAACAACAAGAUGAAUGGUACUGGGAGGCUAGAACACCCUUCUGGGGCAGUUUAUGAAGGCAAGUUCAAAGACAACAUAUUUCAUGGGGCUGGAACAUACACAUUUCCAAAUGGAGCAAAGUACAUCGGAUCAUUCAGUGACAACAAGCUGGAUUUAUGUCAUUACAUGAUGGAAGGUGAAGGAGACUUCAUAGAUGAAAACGGGUGGAGUGGCACAUUUUAUGGCUCGGCAGCAGUGGGACUGAAGCAGAAGCUGAAAAUGUAG